AUGAGUUGCCAUCCGGGAACGACGUCUCGCGUGAUGGUAGCCACGAGCGCCUCGACGUCGUCGUCCCAAAAGUGCGUCUUCGCGGACAGACGACGACAAAAGUUCUCGAGCAUCGGGGAAAGGAAGAGGAGGAUUCGUUGUUUAAGCGUCAGAGGAGGACACUGCGACGUGGACGACGGCUACGUCGGCGGUUCGGCGGUUCGACAUCCAAAAUCUGUAACCGUGAAACUGGGCGAAUCAUCAAUCAAAAUAGAAACGCAAAAGGUCGGAGCGCAAGCGAACGGCGCGGUCGUGUGCACGGAAGGCGAGACGGUUUUAUACUCCACGGUGUGCGCUGCGAGAGAGUUAAGCGCGGACGGCGGGUGGGUACCGUUGACGGUGAAUUACACGGAGCGAUUUUCAGCCGCCGGAAAAUUUUCCGGCGGGUUUAAGAAACGGGACGGGACGUUGAAAGAAGGCGAGACUUUGAAAUCGAGAAUCGUGGACCGACCGAUUCGGCCGCUGAUACCGAAAGGGUUCGGCUACGAGACGCAGAUUUUGGAGUGGGUGUUGAGUUACGAUAACGAGAGGACGACGGACGCGUUGGCGAUUUGCGCGGCGAGCGCGGCGUUGGCGGUGUCGGACGUGCCGAUGAAAACGCCGGUGAUGGGAUGUAGAGUCGGGUAUAUCGAUGGAAAGUUUGUCGCGAACCCGACGAAAAGUGAGAUGGAACAGUCGAGGUUGGAUUUAGUCAUGGCGGGGACGAAAGAGGCGGUGUUGAUGAUUGAAGGGUUUGGUGAUUUUUUAACGACGGAGGAGAUGAUUUCGGGCAUCGCGUGCGGGCAAGAGGAAAUCGCGAGAGCCGCGAAAGAGAUUGAAGCGUGGGCCAAAGAAGUUGGGAAAGAGAAGAUGGGUGGAGAUAUGUUGAUUCAAACGCCAGAGGGGAUCGACGAGAAAGUCCAGGCGUUAGUCGCGGAGGAUUUGAAAGAAGCGAUGUUGAUUCCAAUUAAGAAAGUGAGAGGAAAAGCGAUCGGCGAGUUGAGGCAAAAAGCCGUGGACGCGUUGAAGAAAGACGAGAACGGAGAAAAUGGUUUUGAUAGCGCGCAAGUUGUUCAGGCGUGCGGAAGAAUCGAGUCUGCUGCUUUGCGCGAAGCCAUUAGAACGAAUGGAAGACGUCAGGAUGGUAGGAAAUUGACGCACAUUCGUCCGAUUGUCGCCGAGUGCGGGGUGUUGCCGAGAACGCACGGAAGCGCGUUGUUUACCAGAGGCGAGACGCAGUGUUAUUCCGUGGCGACGUUGGGAGGUAAAUCGGAUGGGCAACGCGUAGACGACGCGUUGGAGGAUGCUGACGAUAAGCGAUUCAUGUUGCAUUAUUUCUUUCCGCCGAGUUCCGUGGGCGAAUGUGGGCGAGUCGGCGGCGCGAAUCGACGAGAGAUUGGACACGGAAAUUUAGCCGAAAGAGCGCUGUUGCCGAUUAUUCCAAACGACGACGACUUUCCGUUUACGAUUAAAAUUGAAAGCACGGUGACUGAAAGCAACGGAAGUUCGAGCAUGGCGACGGUGUGUGGUGGUUGUUUGGCGUUGCAAGACGCCGGCGUGCCGAUUAAAAGGUGA